AGGAGAAGAAGAAAGGUCAGGGGGCACGGGGCGGAGCUUGCUGUUAUAGUACGUGUGCUUCUGAGGAGUUAGCUUGUUUUCCAGUGGGCUAUCGUUACGUUUGAAACCGCCCGUGAAUCAUGGUAUUACUAGAAAACGACUCGUUUCUGACGGAGCUCACACGGUUGUUCCAGAAAUGUCGAAACUCUGGUAGCGUGGUAAUCACAUUAAAGAAGUACGAUGGGAGGACCAAACCAAUUCCUAAAAAGGGACAAGCAGAUUCGUUUGAACCAGCAGAUAACAAGUGUCUUAUCAGAGCCUCUGAUGGAAAAAAGAAAAUUAGCACAGUGGUCAAUACCAAAGAAGUAAUCAAAUUUCAAAUGGCGUACUCCAACCUCCUCAGAGCCCACAUGGAUGGACUUAAGAAGAAGGAUAAGAAAAGCAAAAGCAAGAAAACUAAAGCCACCCAAUGAGCAAAAGACUCUACCUCAUUGUCUCUAGUCUGGCCGGUACCACCUGAAGGAGGAAGGAGGGGGGGGCGAUGGGCUCGCAGCGGGCCGGAUUCAUCUUUCGCCCCCUCUGGCGUCUCCCAUUACCCUGAUGGCUCAGAGGCCACCGUCGGUCCACCUAGUGACUGCUUUGAUCUCAUGCCAUCGUUUGCACGAUAACGUCUUACUUCCGGCCAUUCGGUGAAAUGAAAAAGCAGCAACGUAAGAAAAGAACAUGGAUGUCACAGUGAGAAGCUCUUGAGCCGAAACGCAUCCGUGUGAGAUCCAGGUUAUCAACAGUCGUGUCAAAUAUGAGGGGGCCACAGGGUUGAUGCUUGAUUGCCUUUCAUAAUGUUUUGUACAACUCUCAAUUUGUAACUGCAGGAUUUAAUUUAAUUCCCUGUAAAAAAACAAAACUAUCACAAAUAAUUUAAACACUACCGAUGCCAUAAUGAGACUGUUUAUUUUAACAUGAAAUACCUUUUGUUUCAUGUUUGAGACCAAGGUAUAUCUUUCCUUUUUUAAAGGUGUAUUUUUUUUUUUUUUUUUGGCCAGUUAACUAUCGGUAGAGCAACCCUAUUCACUUUGCCCUGGUAAAUUGAAAUAUGUAUAUAGGAAAGCGAUUUGUAAUGAGGCUAUCAUAGAGUUAAUUUGGUGGGGAAACAGCUCUAUAAAGUACAUUUACUGAAAAUGGCGUCUAACUUGUGCACAGUCAUUGGAUUUUACCACAUUUAUGUUUCAAACUCAUUUGAAAAGUGGCCAUACGUUUUGUUGGUUCAAGUGCAACUCCCAUUCUCCAUAAAAGAUGUGUGUAAAAGUUUUAACUGAGGGGUAAAGUGUUCUAGGUUGAACAAGACAUCUUCAUGGUGUACUGCUAACAAUGAUGGAGUUGUCAAUUCAUGUAAGCCACAACAGUGUGCUUCUUCUGAAAAGUCCUUUUACUGAAUGACUUGGCGGUUGGCUUCAUAAGGCCGUGUUCCUCUUGUCGGGCCGCGCCUUCGGGGAGGUGGAGUCCUGCUGAAGGCGCAUUCGUUCCUCUUCCUGGUAACCUUGUUUCAUUAAGCCGGUCACGUACAGGAACAUGGUCUGAAAUGCAUAAAA